AAGAAGUGACGUCAUCUAGGCGCGACCGGAGUCAGUAUCUGUUUUCAGUUUGUGUCGGGAGCAGGCAGGAGGCUGAGGAGAGUAAUAAGAUGGAUCCUGGUGUUCACAGGAGGUUCACAUGAGCUCAGGUGGAUGUUUACCUGCAGUCAGACGGUGGGAGGAGCUUCAGCUGGUGUUACCGGAAAUACGGAGUUUUAAACGGACUGUGUGUGUGUGUGUGUGUGUGUGUGUGUGUGUGUGUGUGUGUGUCUGCUUGCAGAGACACGUGGGGACGUGACGUGUUUUAUCUUAAGAUUCACACAGUGAGGUUGAUUAAAUCACAGAAGACAGAGACACAGUGAGACGAUGAAGAGGGGAAUACCGGACAGGUGGCUGGAUUACAAAGCUGUCGGUAAAAGACUUCACGGGACUCGUUUCAUCGCCUUCAAAGUGCCUCUGAAACAGUCUCUGAACCGUCAGCUGCCAUGUUCGGAUGCGUUUGGUCCGUGGGAGCUGCUGGACGCUCUGAACAAAGAAAAUCAAGAGCUUGGUUUGAUCAUCGACUUGACUUUCACCACACGUUACUACAAACUAGAGGACGUCCCAGACUCACUGAUGUUUGUGAAGAUCUUCACAGCCGGUCACGACGUUCCCAGUGACGACGCCAUCCUCAGCUUCAAACGUGCUGUACGCAGGUUUCUACGAGAUAACGCAGAGAAUGACAAGCUUAUCGGCGUCCACUGCACCCACGGUCUGAACCGCACCGGCUACCUGAUCUGCAGGUAUCUGAUAGAUGUUGAUGGGAUGGAUCCUAAAGAAGCUGUGGAGUUGUUCAACUCGUCGCGGGGCCACGCUGUAGAGAGACAGAACUAUCUGGACGACCUGCGAUGUGGGCCGAAGAGGAGUAACGAGGGGAUGGAGGAGUCUGAGCAGGAGCCAGUGAGAGGUCUUGCUACUCAUCGGGCGAGUUACACCACGUCUGACUCCAACGGCAGAGAUGACAGACGGCCACACUUUAGCGGCUCACGGUACCACAGCAGAUCUUUCCCUCCCAUAGAAACAAACCACCACCCGCAUCGGCACCAUUCACACGAUGGCCUCCUCCCCACUCCGCCGUUACUCCCCCCACCCAUGGGAGCCCACUUUCACCCGUAUCGAUGGAUGCCUCCUCACCCUGACAGUCAGUGGGGGAGACCCCCCGGCUCAGAGGAGAGGAGGUCCAGAUAUGCUCCCUCAGAGCCGGAGAGGAGGUCCAGAUAUUCUCCCUCAGAGCCAGAGAGGAGGUCCAGAUACGCUCCCUCAGAGCCGGAGAGGAGGUCCAGAUAUUCUCCCUCAGAGCCGGAGAGGAGGUCCAGAUAUGCUCCCUCAGAGCCAGAGAGGAGGUCCAGAUACGCUCCCUCAGAGCCGGAGAGGAGGUCCAGAUACGCUCCCUCAGAGCCGGAGAGGAGGUCCAGAUACGCUCCCUCAGAGCCGGAGAGGAGGUCAUCGCCCUGCCUGCAGGCGGACAGAUGGAGAGCUCCUCCUCCUCUCCCUCGUUACUCCGCACGCUGGACCAACGAGUCCAACGGCUACGACCGACGUGAGGAGGAGUGGGCGGGUCCUAACAUGAGACAUCACCACACACAGACCCACAGAGUGGAAACAUAUAAUGACUAUUAGUGUCGUCUCCACAGGACACUGAGACAUACUGCUCAUCAACAGGGGGACGAUUUAGGGCUACAGACAGACAGACAGACAGACAGACAAGACAGACAGACGUCUUGUGUGUGCUGCUCAGAUCAGUCUACAUGUUUACUGAAAUUACAAAAUGCCUACAGGUGAGGGUCACACGCCCCUUUGUGGUGGUGGUUAUUAGAGAUGUCAGAGUUGAUGACACAUUUUAAUGUAUGGGCUAAAAUAAAGCUGAUGAAACUUAGA